UUUCUCUUAUUACAAUUAUACAUGCAUUAUUCAAACUUUUCAACAUCUUUACUUUAAAGGGUGCUCUGCCUCUUCCCUCAACAAGCUCUCCUCCCCAUAAGCUAAGCAUCUUCACACACACACACACACACACACAUACACAGAGAGAGAAUCCAGAGAGAGAAACUAGAGAGAGAGAGAGAGAGAGAGAGAGAAGGGUCGCAUGAGAUGGCCAGAAGCCAAGCUUCAGGUGAUCAAAGUGCGGAUGAAGACUACAUAGACAUAGAAGUGAGCUCUUCCUCCAACUUCUUGUGCUAUUCCAUCAGCUCUCCACCACAAACCAGAGAGUUUGAGUUCCAAAUGUCCACACUUUCUCAAGACAAAGAAACCACAACAUCCCCAGCUGAUGAACUCUUCUACAAAGGUAAGCUCCUCCCUCUCCACCUCCCACCUCGCCUGCAAAUGGUCCAAAAGAUCCUCCAAACCUCCAACAACAAAACCCAGGAAGCCAUUGGUGAAAGCUUCACCAAAAGGGAAAGUUCCAAUACCCCCUUGGAUCAAUCCUGCAAUAUCUCCUCCUCAGAGUCCUGCAGGGUCAGCAGUGAGCUCAACUCAGAUGAGUACAUCUCCGAAUGGACGGCUGACAUGUGUGUGAAUUUCAUUGGUGGUCACAAUGAUCAUCCAAAGAAAUCUUGGUCCACAAAGCUGAAGCAGAUCAAGCAGUCCUCAUUGGGUCAAAAGCUCAAGGCUUCAAGGGCCUAUGUGAAGUCCCUGUUCACAAAACCCACCUGUGCAGACGACUACAACUCAUGUGCAAAACCAGCGAGCAAUGCAGAAGCAGAAGCAGAAAAUGGCUCAAAAGUCACAGACUUUUGCUCCAACAAGUAUAUGAAAGUGGCCAAGAAAACCCCAUUUGGAAGAAUCGACAAUGGCAGGUUCCAAAUAUCAUCCACCACUCUGAUGAAAAGCAUUGAGAAAGAAAUGGCUGAGGAAAACGCAAACACCCACAGAAAAUCUUUCUCUGGGGCAAUCCAACAUACACCUGCUCUGCAAUCUCUGUGUUCCCCCACAUCUUCCUCCGUUUCUUCGUCUUCCUCGUCUUCUUUCUCCUUCAGCUCAAGUGGGUUCUCAGAUUUGCAGCUGCUGAAGCGAAGUACAAGUGCAAAUUCAGAACUUGAGAGCUCGAUAGAAGGAGCAAUUGCUCAUUGCAAACAGUCCCAUCAGCUGUUCAGUUCAAGAAUGCAGUUUGUUGGGGUCAAGAGAUCUCACCAGGCCUCAUCCAAUAACGCCGUGAGAGAAACACACAUGAAUAAUUUGAUUGCGUUGUAUGAUUGAGAUUUUGAGAAAUUGAAAUGGGUUUUUUUCUGUUAAUCUCUCUUUUGAAUUUUUGGGGUUCAAUUACUGAUUACUAUGCAGUGUGAUUGACGUAUAGGCAUUUGUAUUUGCACGUUUUUCCAGCACUGUUAGA